GGUUGUCAUCGAGCUACGUCCUUCAACUGGAAUGAUAAUAAUCUCUCGUUCAGUGAUUUGGUUUGCAGCAGGAAAGAAUUUGAAUUCAGUGUUUGUUGAACCGCAGGAAUAACGAGACGCGUGUAAUGAACAUGGACGCUUAAUCUUUCUGUUAUUGCAAGUGUGUACGUCCUGUUAGUACUGCCAGACCCCAUUCAAAGCUCGCCGCGAAAAAAAAAUGGAUUACAAAAGUGUGGUAUACAACGCGGCUAGAGAUGGUAACUUAAAUAGGCUAAAGAUAUACUUGCAUUGUAACAAAGGUAAAGACGAAGUGUCCAUGCUGGUAGCCGCGAAAACGUCUGGUGCGACACCACUGGUCAUCGCCUGUCGGAAUGGACACUAUGACGUAGCGGAAUACCUGAUCGAACGCUGUCACGCAGACAUUGAACAACCUGGAUCUGUCAUGUUUGACGGUGAGACCAUAGAGGGCGCACCGCCCUUAUGGUGUGCUGCCGCUGCUGGUCACCAAAACAUAGUUAAGUUGUUAAUAAACCAUGGUGCAAAAGUAAACACCACCACAAGGACGAAUUCCACGCCAUUGAGAGCAGCAUGCUUCGAUGGUCAUUUAGAAAUAGUUAAAUAUUUGGUUCAGCAUGGAGCCGAUAUAGAAGUAGCCAAUAAACACGGUCAUACGUGCCUAAUGAUAGCCUGUUACAAAGGACAUAUCAAAAUAGCUAGGUAUUUACUAAGUCUGAAGGCCAGUGUGAAUAGGAAAAGCGUGAAAGGCAACACUGCGCUGCACGACUGCGCGGAGAGCGGUAGUUUAGAAAUUUUGAAAAUGCUGAUCGAGCACGGCGCAACGAUGGACGUCGAUUCGUACGGCAUGACCCCGUUGUUAGCUGCGGCAGUUACAGGCCACAACCACAUCGUAGAGUACUUAAUUAAACUGCCUCAGUUAGUAUCUAGAAGAGAACGAAUAGACGCUUUAGAAUUAUUAGGAGCCACUUGUGUCGAUAAAAAGAGGGACAUGAUUGGUGCAUUAGAAUUAUGGAAACGUGCAAUGGUAGAGAGGUAUAGUGGUGAUGGUCCACCUAUAAUGAAACCCAGAACCCAUAGAAUACUGGCCUACGACUACGUGGUGGAAAUAUCUGAUCCUCUAGCCUUGGAUGACCUUAUGGCUGAUCCAGACGAGAUGCGCAUGCAGGCCUUGGUGAUGCGCGAGCGAAUUUUAGGCCCCGCCCAUCCUGACACUUGUUACUACAUUAGAUAUAGAGGCGCUGUGUACGCAGACGCGGGAAAAUUUGAUAGGUGCAUCGAACUCUGGAAUUACGCCUUGGACAUGCAACAGAGGAUGUUGGAAACGCUGAAUCCCAUGACGCAGAGCAGCCUGUUUAGUUUUACUGAGUUGUUCUCCUUUAUGAUGGGGGAGGAGGGCAAACACACUGUUAGGGGUCGACUGGUGCCCCCCGUGGACGUUAAGGAGAUACUCAGGGUGUUCGGGAAGGCCAUUAAGGAGGCCGAUUUAGGGAAACAAGUAUUGGACAGGAUACCUAAUCAGGAAAAGGAUAUGUCAUAUUUAACUAGGGUUACUGUAAUCAAUUUGCACCUCGCUUGUUUGUUGACGAAAAUGUUGAGCCACAAAUCAACAACGGACGAAGCCAAAGAAGAAAUCUACCACAAAAUCUACGAAUUAAACAAAUUAGGCCUUAGGACUAGAAUGGGACAGACGCUGUUACAUUUGGCGUGUAGCAGAGAUUUUGCUCUUUUAAUUAGGUAUCCAGUAUGCGGUUUUCCUUCCUGCCACCUCAUCAAAUCCCUCCUCACGGUAGGCGCCGACCCCACCGUCCGAGAUGACGACGGCAACACACCUCUGCACGUAGCGGCCAUGGCCAAUCCCUGCCCGCCGCGAGUGGCGCGCCAUCUGCUGGAGGGCGGCGCUCACCUCGACCAGACCAACCACUCGGGCGGCACCUUCCUCAACCUCCUCAAAAACCAGCAGCCUCACGAACUCGUCGACGUCACGAAGUACAGCAGUCUGAAGUGCGCGGCGGCCAGAGUUAUCAAACAGUUCCGUAUCCCCUACAAAGGGGUAGUGCCUCGCGUGCUGGAGUCAUUCAUACAGAUGCAUUGACAGAGGGAGAAUGAUAGAAACGAUUAUUCUUUGUGUCUUAAUGAUUUUUUUAUCUUCUAAUGAUCGGAUCGGUAUGUGUUAGAAGAGAUGACUGACUGACAGAAGUGAUCUAUUUUAAUUUAUUUAUACGGUACUAAAAAGUGUCUUGGAAUCGUAGCACGGUAAUCCAGCGAAAAGAAGAAAAUAUACUGAAUGUCUAACAUAUUGAUGUACAAGGUAUUUUAUAAGUAAAUCGAUAUAUUUCAGGAAGAGAGUUGGUUGUUACGUACUAGCUUUGUUUAUGGGUGUGUUCUAGUACUGAAACAGUUUAGGACUAAUUCAGAGCGCAUGUGCAGUCAUAGUCUGUAAUUUGUACAA